AAAAGGAAAACGGAAAGGCUUAACCCAAGAUCCAUUUUAUAUAUAGAUAUAAGACAUAUCAAGUGAAGAGGCAACUAGACCACAAAAUGAUGUUCUUUCUACUCCUUGUGGCCAUUCCUAUUGUUCUUAUCAUUCUUCUUCCUAAAGCCAAAAACAGUGGAAAAAAUCAUCUGCCACCAGGUCCUAUUGGGCUUCCAUUCAUUGGAAAUUUGCAUCAAUAUGAUACUUUAGCCCCUCAUCUCUAUUUUUGGAAACUUUCCAAGAAAUAUGGAAAAAUCUUCUCAUUGAAACUUGCUUCUGCUCCAAUAGUUGUCGUUUCUUCUGCAAAAUUAGCAAAAGAAGUACUCAAGACACAAGAUUUAGUAUUCUGUAGUAGACCUUCUAUUCUUGGCCAGCAAAAAUUGUCUUACAAGGGCCGUGAUAUUGCCUUUGCACCUUACAAUGAUUAUUGGAGGGAGAUGAGAAAAAUAUGUGUUCUUCAUCUAUUUAAUCUCAAGAAAGUGCAAUCAUUUGGUCCAAUUCGUGAAGAUGAAGUCUCAAGAAUGAUCAAGAAAAUAUCUCCACAUGCUGCUAAUUCUCAAAUCACCAAUUUGAGCAAUUUAAUGAUGUCACUUAGUAGUACAAUUAUUUGUAGAGUUGCUUUUGGCAUUAGAUUUGAUGAAGAAGCACAUGAAAGGAAGAAAUUUGAUUAUCUUUUCGCUGAAACUGAAGCUAUGUUGGCUAGCUUUUUUGUGUCUGAUUUUUUUCCUUCUUUAAGUUGGAUCGAUAAACUUACCGGAUUGGCAAAUAGACUUGAGAAGAAUUUCAAAGAUUUGGAUGAAUUUUAUGAAGAACUAAUUGAGCAUCAUCAAAGUUCCAAUAGGCCAAAAUCCAUGAAAGGAGAUAUUUUAGAUGUUUUGCUUCAAUUGAGGAAAGAGCAAUCAACACCGAUUGAUCUCACUUUGGAGGACAUAAAAGGAGUUCUCAUGAAUGUGUUAGUUGCUGGAUCAGACACUAGCGCAGCUACAGUAAUAUGGGCAAUGACAACCUUGAUAAAGAAUCCAAAAGUUAUGAAGAAAGUUCAAGAAGAAAUCAGAAAAUCAAUUGGAAACAAGGGCAUUGUGAAUGAAGAUGAUAUCCAAAAUAUGUCGUAUCUCAAAGCUGUGAUAAAAGAGACAUUUAGAUUACAUCCACCUACUCCACUACUAAUACCUAGAGAAUCAAUGAGAAAAUCCACACUAGAAGGGUAUGAAAUUCAACCAGGAACUAUAACUUAUGUUAUCGCAAGGGAUCCUGAAAUAUGGGAAAGUCCCGAAGAAUUUAUACCCGAGAGAUUCUUGAAUAGCGAUAUCGAUUUCAAGGGACAAGACUACGAGCUAAUUCCAUUUGGAGCAGGAAGAAGGGGGUGCCCAGGGAUUGCACUUGGGGUUGCAUCCGUGGAACUUGCAUUAUCAAAUCUUCUCUAUGCCUUUGAUUGGGAGUUACCUUGUGGGUUGAAAAAAGAGGACAUUGACACAUAUAGCAGGCCUGGAAUCAGCAUGCAUAAGAAAAAUGACCUUUGCCUUAUCCCCAUAAACCAUUUCUAAAAUACAUUCCAAAGUGAUUCUAAGACGAGUUCUUGAGGUAAUAAGCUGAAUUCAUCAUUGUUUUCAACUUGAAAUAUGUAUACAUAUUUAAAAUACUGUAAACAAUAUAAUAAAAUUAUCCUCAUGCUAAACCCA